AUGAAGACCCGCCAGGUUGCCGCAGAGGCAGCCGUCUUCGACCAAACCAAUCUUCUGCCGAAGAGACAGCUUAUCACCGUCCUGUGCGCACUGGCAGUAUCCCUGUUCAUUUCUUUCGUCGAUCAGAAUGGUAUAGGAGUAGCAUUGCCGACGAUAGGGGAGGAGCUCUGUGCUGAAGAGACGAUCAGUUGGGCAGGAACAAGUGCCUUGAUUGCGAAUACGAUCUUCCAAGUGCUCUAUGGACGCUUGUCAGACUUGUUCGGCCGAAAAGCCGUCUUUCUGUCCGCAUUGGCGCUGCUCGCAGUCAGUGAACUGCUGUGCGGGUUCUCGCAGAGUGCGACCAUGCUCUUCAUAUUCCGCGGUCUCGCAGGUGUUGCCAACGGCGGUAUCACUUCGUUGGCGAUGAUCAUCGUCUCCGAUAUCGUCACUCUGAAAGAGCGAGGCCAAUAUCAAGGAAUUCUCGGAUCUUGCGUGGGAUCUGGAAGCAUGGCCGGCCCAUUCAUCGCCGCUGCAUUUACACAACCAUCCACUUUUGGGGACACUACUUGGAGAGGCUUCUUCUGGCUUGUCAGCCCGCUUGUCGCUAUUGUCGGUGUGGUCUGCUUCUUCAUUCUGCCUACACCAAGGGACGCUCCACCGAUGAACUUCAAGGCUGUCUCCAAAGAGAUCGAUUACUUCGGCAUUAUAGCUGGGUCCGCUGCCAUCAUCCUCUUAUUGAUUCCCAUAUCUGAAGGUGGGAGCUAUUUUAAAUGGGACUCUCCCUUGGUCAUAUCAAUGCUGGCUGUCGGAGGCUGCUGCAUGGUCGGAUUCGUUGUCAUCGAGUAUUGCAUCGCCCGGUUACCCAUGAUGCCAUUAUCGCUCUUCACAUCUACACCGGUCUGCGUGAUGCUGAUUCAGAACCUUCUGUUCGGCAUUGUGUACUACUCACAAUUGUACUACCUUCCUCUCUUCUUCCAAAACGCGCACCAACUCACGCCCAUGAUGUCAGCUACCCUUCUUCUGCCGAUGACUUGCGCCCAGAUGGUGGCUUCAAUUCUCUCUGGUCAGUACAUAUCUCGAAGAGAGCGUUACGGAGAGGUCAUCUGGACAGGCUUCUUCUUCUGGACACUCGGAGUCGGUCUGACCUGCAUGUUUGACGUCGACACACCAAUCUACGCUAUGGUCAUUAUUCUAAUGGUCGAAGGUAUCGGUAUUGGAUGUAUUUUUCAGCCCACCUUGGUCGCUCUCCAAGCGCACUGCACCAAAGCGCAAAGAGCUGUGGUCAUCUCAAACCGAAACUUCAUACGCAGUCUUGGUGGAGCUAUCGGUCUCGCCAUCUCAGCCACUAUCUUGCAGAACACACUCCAAAAGGCUAUGCCUCCGGAGUUCGUAUCGCUUUCGCAGUCUGCUUACCACACUCCGGAUCUGAAAGCACUUGGAGCCUCACCUGCUCAGAUGCAAGAUAUCUCACACGCAUAUGCUCAAGCGAGCAGAUCGGUGUUCAUCAUGAACGCACCGUUCAUAGGACUGUGCCUCCUCGGUUGCUUGCUCAUUAAAGACCAUGGCUUGCAACGUCCAGAGGAAGUAAAGCCCGCAAAUGAGACUGCGCAAUCGAGCGAUGUUGGACUUGUGCUGAGUAUCGACACUGGUCCAAAAGAUUCUGAAUUUCCAGGAACUGGGCCCGAGAAAUCCAGAGUCGACGUUUAA